AUGUGAUUGACUGCGAAAUGAAAGAAACUGAGGAUUCAGACUCCACUGAAAAAGAAUCUUUGGAUCUUGAAGAGGAAUUAUGUUAUGCUUCUAAGAAAAGGAUGCCAAAUAACCACCCCAGCAUAUUCCAAAACGUUUAUGAUGAAUCUGAUGAAGAUGUUGAGGAUGGAGUUAAUUGGGCAAGUGUGACACCAGUGGAAAAUAUGGAUUUCCCACAUGAAGACGAUGUUAUUGAUGACGGCAAUAAUGGAAAUGAUGGUAAUAAAGAUUAUGAUCAUGUUGGCGAUGAUGAUGGUAGUUAUGGAGAGAAUGAAGAAGACGGUGAACACAGUUACCUCGAAGGUUCAUUCGAACCUCCCCAGUUAUCUAAAUCUUCUGAUGAGACCAUCGCCCUUUCAAAUGGAAAAGAAAGCACAAUUAUCUUAUCAAAUUUUAAGAAUUGGCUGAUGGGACCUGAUGGUGGGCGAAAGGACGAUAAAGUUGCAAGUCUGUGCAAGCGGCAAGUUCAGCUAGUUGUAGAAUUUAUCAAUCCUGAAAGUUCUUCUAUAAAUAGUUUAUUAAUGUCAAAGAACGUAUUGAGGGACGAUUGGUUAACAAAUUUUGAAAAUUUGAAAAAAACAGGAACCCUCAAAUCCUAUUUGGGAACACUUAAUCAAUUUUAUAUUUAUGUUCAAAGUGAAUGCACCAACAUUUUGCCCACCCUAGACAUUACUCAAGCUGAACUGGUCAGUCUAUCAAAUCAAGUAAAGCUGUGA